UAUAAUCGAUGUCCGUUUUCCUAAGUAACGGAACAAGCCACUCCGGAGUAGGUGUUGAAACUAGUGAGCUAGCCACUCUGAAUUAGCAAGCUUUACUUGCGCGUAGUCAUCACGUCAAGAAGCUGACAGCGAGAGGAACGGUCUGUGGCAAGCCAACCAGGCAGCCAUAAGAUAGCCUUACAUUGGCCGUCCCAGCUUCAUCGUUUAGCAACGAGAUAACUUUUCUAGCGACGAUGGCUAACGUUACAGAUCUGCAAACAAAAUACAGCAAGCUGGCUCAGGAGUACUCGAAGCUCCGUGCCCAGAAUCAGGUGCUGAAAAAGGCUGUUGUGGAUGAACAGGCGAACUCUGUCUCUCUAAAGGAACAGCUGAAGCAAAGGGACCAGAGUCUGAGGAAGCAGGAGCAGGAGAUGGACAGCCUGAGUUUCAGGAACCAACAACUGGCCAAAAGGGUAGAGCUUCUACAAGAAGAGCUAGCUACUAGUGAAGCCAAGGGCAAAAAGGGCAAGAGUAAAGGAGACUCUCCAUCACAGCAUGGCAUCCAGACUCAGAGUGUGUUUGAUGAGGACCUGCAAAAGAAGAUAGAGGAAAAUGAGCGACUUCAUAUACAGUUCUAUGAGGCAGAUGAGCAGCACAGGAGGAAGGAGGCUGAGCUGAGGGCUCGGCUAGAGGAGCUGGAGAGAAAUGCUGAGCAGCACCAGACGGUUGUAGGUGGACUCACCACUAAGUACAUGGACACGAUUGAGCAUCUGCAGACUGACAAAGCACGUUUGGAGGUAAAAGCACAAACUCUCGAGAGGGAGGCGAAAGAUUGCCGAGUUAGAGCUGAAGAGUGCCAGCAGCAGCUGAGGCGAUGCCAGUCCGAGCUGAACAGGCAGGUGAAACAAAGCAGCAGUGUAAUCCAGGAGAAAGUGCCCUUCAAUGACACCAAAUUUAGUGACUACAACAGUCUAAACGUGCCAUCACACAAUCGAAGGCACCAGCUUAAGGCCCGGGAUAUAGCCAGUCAGGCCCUGAGCUUUAUCCAGGACCUGGUGGCGGCUUUGUUGAACUUCCAUUCCUACACAGAGCAGAGAGUGCACAUCUAUCCCUUGGACUCCUCCCUUGAGCCCAUCUCUCCUCUUAACCAGAAAUUUUCUCAAUAUCUACUUGAGAGUGCAGCCUAUGUGCGCCCCCUGGAGGACAGUUUCCUGCAGUUAUACCAAAGCAUCACAGAGGACACAGUUACAGUUUUGGAGACUGUGGUCAAACUGAAGUGUUUUGCAGAGAGCUUCUCUUCAUACAUCCACUUCUUGCAAAAGAUUCUUCCUUACCAGCUGAAAAGCCUGGAAGAAGAGUGCGAGGCACCUCUUUGCACUGCUGCGCUUGCUGCAAAAAACAAGGAGUUACAGGAUGACACGAAGAGAGUAACGUCUGUGUUUGAGAAACUGAUGAACUACAUUAGCCUUUUGGCCUUACCCAGUGUUCGGCAGGACGCCAUGCCACAGAGCAGCGCCUCGGCUGUCUUCACCCAGCUGGCUGCCUGCCUGCACAAUCUUCAUGAUGCCAUUAAAGAAAUGUCAAAGCACUACAAUCAGAAGGCUGGCAUAGAACAGGAGCUCCCCACAGUCACCCAGAAGCUCUGUACCACCACUGAAUGCCUCCUCGGAUCUUUGGGUUCACUGACCAGCAGCACCGGCAAGGUUGCCACUUUCUUCAGCAACAAUUUGGACUUCUUCACAUCUCCAGGCUACAGUCCAAGAGGGGGCUCGAUAGCCCUCAACCCCUUGCAAGCAGAGAGCAUGCUGGAGAACAAAAAGAAAGCAGCUGCCUAUAUCCAUGCUCUUAAAAAGUUCUUUCAGGCCCGACCACAGUCUGUUCCUUACAGAGAAGCACUGUCAAACCGACGUAUACUCACCAGCUCCACUGAGAGCAGAGAGGGACUCACUCAGCAGGUGCAGCAGAGCCUGGAGAAGAUCGCUCGGCUGGAGCAGGAGAAGGAGCACUGGCUCCUGGAGGCGCAGCUGGGGAAGGUGCGGUUAGAAAAGGAGAACCAGCGCAUUGGGGACCUGGAAGCGCAGCUCGCCGCAGCUCUGGGGGGGAGUUCCAUCUCUCAGACGGCGGCGGCCAGCACGCUCGCACAGAGCCACGAGGCUACGGAGGCGGAGCAGAAAGCCGCAGGGAAGGAGGCCACUCUGUGCACCAGCCUGGUUGGCAUGCUGUGCACAACACCCACAGUUGAACAUAUGGGAGACGAGGAGUCACGGGAGCAGCUGAUAAAGACUCACUACAUGAGCCGAGUGGGAGAGCUCACCACCCAGCUUCAGAUUUCAGACAGCAAAGCUGUGCACUUUCACUCUGAGUGUCGAGCUUUGGCAAAGAGAUUAACCAUUGCAGAGAAAUCGCGGGAGACACUGAGUGAAGAGGUCAGGACGGCUAACCAGAACAUCACACGCUUGCAGGAUGAGCUUACUACAACGAAGAGGAGCUAUGAAGACCAGCUUAGCAUGAUGAGCGACCAUCUGUGUAGCAUGAAUGAGACUUUGAGCAAACAGAGGGAGGAAAUUGACACUCUCAAACUGGGCAGCAAGGGAAAUUCAAAAAAGAACAAGGGGCGCUAAAGCUGUCCUCGUGAGUUUGGACACCUUGAGAGUGGAACCUUAUGUGGAGCCUACCAGCCGGAUUAUGGUACAGCACGUUCACCAAACCACAGGAUGGACAUACAAGCUUCAUUUUCCUCCAGUAUCACUGAAAUUUCUGAUGGGAGGCUGUUUGACCAGAAUUUUAUAAGAUUGUUUUGUUAAAGCACUUAUUAAAAUGUGAUGUGAUUAGCUAAGAAUGGUUUCUGAAAUGCAACUGGAAGGUUGUACCUGAUCUGAGGGUCAAAGCAUGACUGAGAGAAACACCCCUCCUGAAAAUAAAAUAAAACUAUGGAGCGGGGUAGCAGAAGAAAACACCGAGCUGAAACAGUUCAUGUAUAAUACUCACUGUAUCGAGGCUUCGAGACUUGAAGACCAAUCCCUGUUAAUGUAUGUAGUUGUCAGACAUAAUAUAUGUGUCUCUGGGCUGGUAAACAGAGAAAAUGUUGGUGUGUUUGGAAUAUGUCUCAUUGUGACACUAUACACCACAAGAGUAUUGUUUUAUUUUAUUUUUAUUUUUACUUAUUUUUUUAUUAUUGAAUUUAAGACCAUUUGUGCUGGUGGUCCACGGGUCCUGUAAAUCUUCAUACAGCAUUACACCCUGUUUAAAGCUUGCAAAGCCUACAAGCCUACAGAAAGAAGGGCUUUAAAAAGUGACUGUGCAGCAAACAAAGACACACUUGUCCUUGAGACGCUGACAGUCCUCUGGGAAAGGAGACGAGAAAAAUACCUGCCUUGAAGCACUGAUUAAUUGUUUACCGUGAUGGACAGGUUCAAGCUUGUGAAAAUUAUGCAUCUGGAAAGUUGCUCUGUAACAGUAGUUUUUAUCACCAAAGCAAGCGUGGAUGUGUACACAGAGCUUUCUAAACUAAUGUAAUGUUAAAAGGGUCGAUGUGAAUAUACUUUCAUUUAAAAUCACAAUUUAAUAGUACUGUUUUAUGUCCUAAAAGUAUAUUUGAAAAAUGCAUUUAUUCAGAGGUUGAAAUUUAUUUUACAUCAAUUGUUUUUUUUUUACCAAAUCUGCAGCUAGUGUGUUUUUGUGUCUUCAAAUUCUUGUAGGAUUACUGAGGAGUGACAUCAAGAAAUUGGCCAACACUGUAACCACUGCUUAGAGAAUUUGAGUCAUGGCAGAGGAUGGGCAGAGAACACUGUAAAAUAAACACCUCUAUCAUGUAGCAACAUGAGGUAAAACGACAAUAAAACCCAGCAGUGGGCCUGAGAAGUUAAUUCAGAACUCUUGUUUUCCAGUCAAGACCUUCGAUCACAAACACUUGCCAGCGGCCUAUAAAUCCAUGGAAAAGAACAUAAAAAAACCUCUAGCUGACAUUGUAACCUGUCUGAAAGCACAUAUUAAUAUGUGAAACAAAAUAAAAAUAUCUUACUGAAGAUUGCUCUGUUAAUUUACAACCAGUUUAUUGUUUAAUGGUACUUGAACCUAGCUGGGCUUGGUUUGCUUGCU